GUGUAGGGCCAGGAAUCCAAUUUCACUCUCCCACACUCUACUCUUCACUUUCAACUAUUGUAAAAACAUUUAUCAACGUUUGGAUAUGAAGCUGUUUGAGACCACAAAAAAAAGCUGAUUUCAAGUAGGUGAAAACCUAACAUUGGUAAUCUGCGGGUUGUUAUAGGAACUUCUUUAGAGAGGUCACAUCAUUUUGGGGGUAUGUGCCAGUCUGAUGAUUGAUGACUCGCAGAGCUUAACUGCUGCUGCCGACACAUGGUUAGGGUCUGUGUGCUGAUGAGCAGAAUGCCAGGGAUGGGAGGGGCUGACUGGGCUAUUAGUUUGGAUUGGUCAUGGUACCUGGAGGAGGGGUCAUAAAAGAUGAGAGAACUUUUAUUGAGUGCAGAUGACAAGGCUUUCUUUCAUCCCUUCCGCAAGGUAAUCACCAGUUGAUUGAUAAGGAUGUGACAGCAUUAUGGGGCAAAGCAGGUAUAAGAAGAGGAGGGAAGAACUGAUUAAUUUGCCUCUCCAAGAAUGUGUUUAAACUAAUUCAAGUUUUGAAGUCAUUGCAAUUGUAUUUAAAAGAAGAGCGACAGGAAACAUAAUAGAGAGAGAGAGAGACAGAGACAGACAGACAGACAGACAGACAGACAGAGAGAGAGUGAGAGAGAGAGAGAGAGAGAGAGAGAGAGAGAGAGAGAGGGGAGGACAUGCAGGAAAUGACACGGGUUGAAUUGAAACCCAGGCCCCUGUGACAAUGUGUGACUCAUUUUCUCCUUGAAAGAUAUGACAGUGUUAGCUGUGUUGCUAAACAUGUACUUUUGUUAUAGGGCAAGCACUCUGCAAAGUAUCACAAACUGUGCAAGAUAUUCACGUUAGCGUUAGAGAAGUAUACCUUUCUGAAUGUUGCCCUUGUCUUUCUGCUUUGUUCCAGUCAACCGCAUCCUCCUGACGCUGCUGGUUCUGAUGGUGUGUCUCAUCCUCCACAGUAAACUGUUCAGAGCGUCACAUCGGCCUAAACACAUAGGAUCCUAUACAGAAAUUAAAAGGGAUCCUGGACCUGAACAUGAUAUUGCACUGGAGAAGCCCUCAAACAUCAUACCAGUGGUCAUCUGUGCAUCUGAGGAGCGCAUAGGGGGAACCAUGGCUACCAUCAACAGUAUCCAUAGCAACACAGACGCCAGCGUGUUAUUCUAUAUUGUCACUCUUCGUGAGGCUGUGAAGCUAACACGACAGUACAUAGAGAAGACCAAGCUGAAGGGAAUCAAGUAUAAAAUUCUGGAGUUCAACCCUAUGGUACUGAAAGGAAAGGUGAAACCAGACUCCUCCCGGCCUGACUUGUUGCAUCCACUUAACUUUGUGCGCUUUUACCUACCCAUGCUUGAUAUCAACCAUAAAAGAAUCAUCUACCUGGAUGAUGACGUAAUUGUACAAGGUGACAUCCAGGAGCUGUACCGAACCAAGUUGGCGCCAGGCCAUGCUGCAGCCUUCGCCACAGACUGUGACCUGCCCUCCACACACGAGAUUGUGCGCAGUGUGGGCAUGCAGCCUGUCUCCCAGACAACAUACAUGGGAUUUCUGGACUAUAGAAAACAGGUGGUGAGAGAUCUGGGAAUCAAUCCAAGUGACUGCUCCUUCAACCCCGGAGUGUUUGUUGCUGACAUGGGGGAAUGGAAGAAGCAGAAAAUCACCAAACAGCUGGAGAAAUGGAUGCUGGAGAACUUCAAGGAGAACCUCUACAGCAGUGCCAUGGCAGGGGGCGUGGCCACUCCGCCCAUGUUGAUUGUGUUCCAUGACAAGUACACGAUCAUAGACCCACUGUGGCACGUGAGACACCUGGGCUGGAGUCCUGAUGCCAGAUAUUCGGAGACCUUCCUCCAAGAGGCGCACUUGCUGCAUUGGAAUGGCCGCUUCAAACCUUGGGACUAUCCCUGCGUCCACCUGGACCUGUGGGAGAAGUGGUUCAUCCCUGACCCCAAUGGCAGGUUCUCUUUGAUCCGGCCCAAGUGACACACCAUGGCUGUAGAAGACAUUAGGACCAGGCGUUUGUGACGUGUCUGGCUUUCCAGGACCUGCUGAGUGGUGUUAUGAGGCUGUGUAAGGACAGUAGCUGGUCAUGUGGCGUCAUCCUGAAACCAAAUGUUUGCUGUUUGAAUAUUGUUUGAUAAGAAUGUUGUUGUAUUCUGCUUUUUGUUGUUGUUGUUGAUCAAAACAGUAUUAUCAUUCUCUACAAAAUGCAAUGCCUACUCUUGGCUCGAAUUGAAAUGAAUAGUAAGAUGACAUUGAUGUGUGUAUUGAUGUUUUUCGUUACACAAUCCAUUAUUGUGUUUAAUGUGUUACCUUUUAAGGAUCUGUUUUGAAUAAAAAGUGGAAUUCAACUCCUAAAAGAAGACCAAUCAGACCAAGGUUCCUUUUCCGGAAACAUUUAAUUGUUCUCGUGACAGGAAGUCAACACUCCAUAACCGGUCAGUUAAAUAUUAACAAUUUACAGUCAUGAGCAACAAGUAAAAUGUCUCAUUCAAAACGCUAUAUCCUGCUUGACAAAAAUACAAACUCAAUGAAAAUGUUUAAUUUACAUGAUGUACCUCAUACAAUUAUCAAUGACAAAGAUAUUCUCCUUUACUAGGAAGAUCUUAAAAGUCUAUGAGUCUGUGGACCAAAUGUCCUCCUGACAUAUAGCGUUUUGGCAUGAAACACCAACUGAAAA